UUCACUCUCGCGAUACUCCAUGCCUACACACACCAAUACAUGUUGCUCUUAAACUUCUCUGCCGCUCAGCUAUAUUUGUUUUUGUUCUACCGACUCAUUGAAGCUGAGAGUCGUCUUGUCCAACUUCGCCUGGCGUGAAGCGGGCGGUGGGGGGUCACUGUUAGGUUGAUGAUAUGCGGGCGGCUACAUUUGGGAGCAGGACGGGUUCUGGAAGGGGCGCCAGUUUUGGAACUGGGGCAGUGUCUACCAAGCGUGGCUGGGUCCCGUGGUCUGGUGUGGGUGCGGCAUUAGAUCGACUCUGCGGGUCAGCUGAAAGAUUCGAGGUCGUGUAAAAAUCGAGCGAGGAUCGGGGAUUAAUCCAUGCUGCCGAAUUGGGACAUUUUCCUUUAAAAUAAAAACGCGCCCAUUCAGACAGCGAGUUGGAAGAUGCAUGGUUCACCCAAGACAAACUUUCCCAUCAUCAUGGUAAAAAAAAAGGGAAGAGUAUUGGCCACAAGACAACUUAAUAACAACUGGCGACCAAACACCAAAGGAAGAUGUCUAAUCCUAUCCGACGCCACAAAGGACCAUCAAUAAAAUCGCAGGGAAUGUUGCGAGUAACAGGAAGCAGAACCUACUUGCAAGCUGAAAUCCCACAUCUUCCAAAAAUCACCACUGCAGUCACCCGAGGGAAUGAUGUAAAAGAAACUCAAGUGCCAAUUUCCCGUAUUGCUGAUUAUUUUAUGGAGAGGAAGAAAACUCUCAAAUUGAAUGGAUUUCAUUGGCAGGGGCAAAAGGUCCCUAUGCCCAACAGUUUGCCUUUGGUAAUAAGGGGUUACAAGAGUGGAAAUUGUGAUAAUAUGACAUAUAAAGAAAGGCCAAUUGGAAAUAAAAAAGAAAGAACUUCUUUCUUAGAAUCCAGCACAACAAGGGAAAAUCUGCAAAAUUCAGCAGAUGGAUCAGCAAGUACAAGUUCAGAUAAUACUGGAUUGGGCGACGACAUAGAUGGGAAUAGCUCAUCUUUGAGAUAUUGCAAUGGAUCAUUAACAACCAAGUUCCAAAAGGCAAAAACAAAGGUGGCAGCAAGGUUCCAGGGAGGACAUGGGUACGUAAUGGAUGGUGACUUUAUAAGUGUGAAGGGCGUAAAAAGUGCCAAUGUUGCAAAUAGCUCAUCAGAAUGUGUUGCAAGAAAGAAAUGGACAAAAGCCUUUGUGAAAAAAACUGUUAAUAGGCAACAAAAACCCUCGGCAUCGUCUAUCGCGGAGAAACGAAAUACCAGGACUGAACUGGAACAAGGCUGCAGUCUCUCCUGCUCGAAUGAAAUUACAUUAGAUUUGGAACUGGAGCACAGAUCUGUGAGUCAGGCUGCAGACUGUAGUGAACACCCUGGCUCUGGCCAAUUGUGCUUGGAUGAUAAUUGUGCUAAAAAUGUGGAAAACCUCACUGGGGAGAGAGGAGCUGAUCCGGAUCAUGCUGCAAAGGUGUCAUCUCAAACAACUUUCCAAAGCCUAGAUGUCCACAACAUUCUGGCCGGGAUUCCAAAAGGUGUGAAACCGGAAGGAAGGGUGAACAAAAUAGUGAAGCAGCCUGAUCAAAAAUGUCCACGGAUUAAAUCAAGCUCCUCUAUAGGAACCAGUAUAAGCAAAGUCUCUGGGAAGUCACUUUCUACCAAAGCCUCCAAAACACCAGCUUGUUCCAGUGUGUUGAACAAAUGCUCUGAUAAUGAAUCCAAAGCCAGUUCCAGUAUGAGUGAAGAUAGCAGAAUUGAAGAGUGUAUGUUUGAACUUAAUCAGAUAUCGCAGGAGAGGGUAACAAGCACAUCUGCCACUGUUGGAGUGCCCGUGGUGAAGUGUGGUGCAAGAUGCCAUAAUCAGAGGCUACCAUUGAAAUCUUCGCUGAAGAAAUCAUUCGACUGGCGUGCUCAUUCUCAAUCAAUGGCUACACAUGUCCCCAAGUUUGGAGAGCAGUGCAAGGAUGCUGGUGCAAAUCAGGCUUUAGCCAAAAAUAAACUUGUGUCCAUCCAUCAGUCAUUAAACCAAACAGCGCAGAAUUAUACCUACUCAAUUCCUGAGGAGGAGUCCCCAGAGUUUUGUGAAAAGCUUUCUGAUGUCGAGAAGCAAUGCAGGAAGCUAAGACAACUUUGUCACCAAUCUUCUCAUCAUCGCCUUCAAAACGUAUGUAAUUUGGGAUUGCGGACUACAAUUCAGCAGAAAUUGGUGCAAUUACAUUACUGUGGCACAGCAGAUCAACAAUUGGCCAGGAAUAUGAAAAUUGCUGCAAAUACAAAUAUGUCUUCUCAUCAAUUUUAUUGGAGGGAGAAUCACGCUUUUCAGCCUGAGAAUGAACCACAGCACAUGCAAUUCCCGCAACCACAAGAUUUAAUAUGGUGCAAAAAUCCCUCCACACAACGUACUGUUGAACUGUUUACUUCUCAUGGUGGUGAAGUUCCAAAAAUAACCAUGACUUGUCCUACUCCAAUUUCAUGCCGAACACCUUCUUAGAGAGAUGCAAUCCAGAAGAUUGUUCUCAAUUUUCCAUAAUUGUGUCGGGUCGGGACCCUUCUUCAGGCUGGAGAAAUCUGAAGAAGAAUCCCGACCUGGAACAUCACCUAUCUGUGCUUUCCCUAGAAGCUGCCUGUCCCGCUGAGUUGUUC